ACUUUUAUUUUUUCGGUGAACAAGAAAGCAAGGCUGUCCAUUAUUUCAUUCUUGUUUUAUAAGCUCUAUAGUUAAACAAUAUAAUAAUUAAGCAAAAAUAAUUACAAAAAAAAAACUAAAAAGUUGAUUUAAAAUUGAACAUUUAAAUAAUUUUUGGUUAAAUAAAUGGUGCACACAAUUGGAAGAUUGCAAUUGUUGCAAAACCUAUUUGGUUUGAAGAGGACUUUUUUGUCAUGAGUUUUAUUCCAACAUCGUCCACCACCACAAAAAGUCUAAUUUCUUCUUCAACUUCGCCAUCAACAACAACGCUAAUGAUUAAAAACCAAGUUGAAAGCUCCAUAUGUCCUGAAGGAGGGGACAAUCUUUACUCCGAAAGGCAAGAAACUGCGGAGGGCUUACUAAGUAACACGCAGGAAGCCCUUGGAAAUAUUUCGUUUUCAACAAUUAAAAACGCUGUGCAAUCAUCACCAAAAAGAUCGUCAAAUAUUGUUAAAACUUAUGAUUUAGACGAUGCUGUAAUAUCAGAAACAAAAAACAUUUUCUCUAAAAAAUAUACGCUGUCACCUGAAUACAAGCGGAAUCUUGGUUCUAGUCAAACGCAACAACAAACACCACCAGCAGAAGGGAAUAAUUCAAAGGCUGAUUUUACUGAGGAUUCUACAAGCAAAUCAAGUGACAGUUCAUCAUUAAACGUUUCUGGAGAAGCUCUUAAAACUACUUCCCCAUCUGAACAAAUCGAAAAACCUAAAAGUGCGUCAAAAAUAUCUGAACGAGCCAAAAAGAAAUCCUGGUAUAACGUCAUUUAUCCAUCCUACAAAUCAAGAUCGAAAGUUUUUAAGAAACUCUUCAAAGAAGUUCCCAAUGAUGAGCGAUUAAUAGUUGAUUAUUCGUGUGCUCUUCAACGGGACAUUCUUGUUCACGGACGACUGUAUGUUUCACAAAAUUAUCUCUGCUUUUAUGCGAACAUUUUCCGAUGGGAAACCUAUCUAACAAUCAAAUGGAAAGAUGUCACAUCCAUAACUAAAGAGAAAACAGCUUUAGUUAUACCGAAUGCAAUUUCUGUGUGUACCGAAAAAGAUAAACAUUUCUUUGCAUCAUUUACAACUCGGGAUAAAGCGUUUUUGAUGCUCUUUCGAGUAUGGCAGAAUACACUAAUGAACAAACCUAUGUUGCCGCAGGAAAUGUGGCAAUGGGUGCAUAAUUGCUAUGGUGAUGAAUUAGGACUAACUACAGACGACGAAGAUUAUAUCGAUCCACUUACAAUCGAGGAUUUACCGAAAGAAAUAGAUAGCAGCGUAGGUGAGCACAAUAGCAACGAUCCGCAAAAAGUCACUCCUAAUACCACAAGUAGCUCCGAUAAAACAACUAGUGAUACUAAUAGCGGAGGGGGAACAGGUAGCGAGAAAGAUAAAAUGAGUGUCAAAGAGGUAACCAAAUUCGAUGAGAGUUUAAGUGCCGAAACUGUCAAUGGCGUCGGUGAAAGUACUAAAAGAAAAGUUUCUAAAAAUUCCCGACAAAGAGACGAAAGCUUAAACAAGAAUUCUGAAACUUUGCCAACAGAUAUGUCGGAUUCAAGUGAUUCUGAAGAGAAUAAUAUUCCCUUUGUGAGUACUGUGGAAUGCACAUCAACACACGAAGGACGUCAAUUAGUGCACACAAUCCUUCCAAUCAAUAUUGAUACGUUAUUUAACUUACUCUUUUCAAAAUCAAAAUUUUUGUUGGAAUUUCAUGAGUUGAGAAAAUCUACUGACCUUUUUCUUGGUGACUGGGUAACAAGUUCAACUGGUGUUAAAACAAGAACUGUCAAUUUAACAGUUAUGCUAGCACAAUCGGUAGGACCGAAAAGUUCUAAGGUAACUGAAUCGCAGGUUAUGCGCGAUUGUAGUAAACCCGGCGAACUGUAUUCCAUUGAUAUCGAUAGUACAAACGCCGGAAUCCCGUAUGCUGAUAGUUUUGGAGUUCUUUUGCAUUACUGUUUAGUCAAAACUAUUGAUGAUAACACAAUGUUGUCCGUACAUGCGCAAAUUAAAUAUAAAAAAUCCAUUUGGGGAGUUGUUAAAGGCUUCAUUGAAAAGAAUGCUUGGGCAGGCUUGGAAGAUUUUUACAGUGCUCUUUUGCGUGCUCUUCAGAGUGAGACAUGCAUACCACCAGCUAAAGGCAAAGGACGUCGACCUAGAAAAGGAACGACUGCAUCUGUUCGACCGUCUGUGGAAGAAAUUCCUCCUGUCGUAUUUAUACCAGAGGUUAUCGAACCAAUUAUUCCAAUUCCAGUACAAGUUGUAAGCGAACCCACCAUCAAUUACAAAUGGAUGUCAAUAUCUGUUAUUAUUCUGCUAUUUUUACUGAUUUUAAUCAAUGUGAUAUUACUACUUAAGUUAUGGCGACUAGAAGACCGCAUCCAAAGCGAUCUCAGUACUCGCCUCGUGCCUAAUCUAUCUCAGAUUAAAAAUCUUCCAAACAAUCAUGAGGACUGGAUUGAUCUUUUAAAACAGCAAGAACAACUUCAUGAUACCGAAUUGAAAAAAUGGCAUACGGUGCUACAAACUGCCAUCGAGCUUUUAAAGAAGGUGAGCGUUGUUUGUCAGACCAUAUAUAGGAACGAAAAAUUUAAUCAACAAAUAGAUCAAAUCAGUGAUGAGCUUUAAUGUAAAACAGCUAAAUAUAAAUAACUAUAACUAAAUCAGUCUACGCGCAAUAGCUUGAGCUACAGUAAAAUAUUAUUUUUAAACAAUUAAAAACAAUUUGGCAUUGCACUUCAUUUUUAUUAAAAAUUUCAUAAUAAGACUUUCAAAUUCUUUAAGAAUGGAAAUUUACAUACAUUAAUGUCUUAAGUAAAUAUUAGAAUGUUAGCAAGUCCUACUAUGUGUGUUUAGAAUAAGCAAACAAAUUAAAAAUGUUGUGUUCGUGUCCUAGACUGAUACAAACUGUCAUAAUCAAAAAUGUUUCUCAUAUUGUUAUAAUUUUAAAAAUAUGACAAAUGCACUGCACUCACUCAAUGUCUCGAGUUUUUCAACUAUAGGUACAUAUAGCAAUUCUUUAUUUCAGUUUUUUUUUUGUUAAUAUUUUGUUGAUAAGGCUAUCUAUAAUAAUUGACGGCUGCAUUUCUACCGCCUGGCGAUACUAGUGAUUAUUGUUGCCCAUAGGUGUGUUUAUUGAGAGUUUCAUUGAGAAAAGAAAGCUGUAAACCCCAACUUGCGAGUUUUGAAUUUAGCUAAUUUACCCAUUUUCCAUUUUGCUACUCUAAAUCGUCCAUAGCGAGAAAUCUGUUGGAGCGGAAAUUCAUCCGAUUUGAAUUGUGUACUUUCAUUGUUCAUAAGUAGAGAAAUUGUUAUAAAAGUAACACUUAAGUCCUUAUGACAUUUUUGAAUUCAAUAAAAUAACUUCCUUAGUUCACACACAGCGAAAAAAAUCGAACAAACCUAGGAAUUUGAAGGGAGCUAUCAAAAAACAGUCUGUCAUGCAACGUAUUCUAUGAUUCACACCUCUCCGUCCCAUUCGUCAACCAUUGUGGCAACGCACUCAACGGAUUCUAUGGGUUGGGCCUUUGAGCUUAAUUUAAGCUCGGCCAAAAUUUUGGAAAGAAUUUUGUAUGGGAGCUUAAAUUUAACGCGAUAAGAUAAGGAUACAAUACUUGUACUUAUAACUUAUCUUUUUGAAUGGGUAAUCGAUCGAGUCCAAGUGAAUUAUUUCAACUGAACGAACAUUUUUUUACUAAAUUUGAAAAUAAAUAGAAAUCCUAUAUAAGAACUUAUCUUAAAAAGAUACAUAAUAAUAUACAAUGCAAUAUUGUUAAACUUAACUUUGCGUCAUUUUCUUCGGGAAACAGCCGUAAUUGUUUUCUUAAAAUACGCAAGUUAUAAAAAGAAAAGUGAUGUAUGCCCUAGCAUAGCGUGACAUCAAUGUCGAUAUGUAACAACAAAUUUCCUCGAUUUGGUAAGAUAUUUCAAAACGUUUCAAGUCUGUCUACUGGUUUUGAAAACUACGAUAUAUUCUUUUCAUUGAAUGACUACUAAAAAAUUUUGUCGUAGUUUUCCCAUUUUUUUUAAACCUUUUCUGGUGGUCAAACACUACAUACAUUAGAGAAACCAUUUUUUUUUAUUUUACACAUUUUUUUCCAAAAGUUUUUAUAUUAUACUACAUUUAUUAAUAAAAUGAAGAAAGUUAAAGUUUUAUGACAAAGGUAUUUCAUAUGAAGUUGUUUGAUGUUUUACUACAAAAGGGAUUAAAGAUCAUUGUAAUUGAGUUUCCAUUUCACGAAAUCUAGUAUUAAAAAUCAAUAAUAGUGUGUAAUUGUUGACUCUUUUGAUUUGUUUUUGUGUUUUGUUUCGUAAUCUUCUGCUUUUGAAAACAUUUCCAAAUUGAAUUUUUUUUGUUCCUUCGUUCCAGACUGAGAACGUUUUGGCCGAACUUUUAUAUAUAAAUCUGUUCCAAUCGACGAAGAUCAGUGCAAGCAUUUAGAUUAAAUCUUUCUUACUACUCCUCUUCACGCAAAAAAAAAAGCGAAAUGAGUAAGGUGCAUUUGUGUUUAUUUAUCAAAACUAGUAUUUUUAUAGAUUAAUUUUAUUUUAAAGUAAAUUUUUGUGAAAGUAAGUGUAAAUG